AUGUCUUCACAAAAUUGGUCUACCGAGUUUGCGUCAGAUACAAAAGCUAUUAUGGAAAAUGAAUCAAAAAAUAGGACAUUGAUAUGUAUUGGAGUUCCUGGGUCUGGAAAAUCAACAUUUUCAAAAAGUCUUUGUCGAACUUAUCCUGAUAAAUGGUAUCGAAUUAGUCAAGAUGAUUUAGGGACUCGACAAGCAUGUGAAGAAUUGUUUAAAGCAAAAUUAAACGAGGGAAUGAAUGUAAUAAUUGAUAGGUGUAAUUUUAAUAGAAGUCAAAGGAAAGUAUGGAUUGAAUUAGCGUGGAGUUUCGACGUACCGGUUGAUGCUAUUAUAAUGGAUACCUCUAUGGAGGAAUGCUCAUCACGUAUUAUCGAAAGACAAAAUCAUCCAACAGAAGUUCAAGGCCAAAAAGGUCUUGAAAUUUUAGCAAACUUUCAUCAAUGGAUGGUUUUUCCUAAUUAUGAGGAAGGAUUUGAAAGAAUAAUUAGUAUAAAACCUCAACCUACCCCGGAUUCCUAUAACGAUAAGGUCAUUGAAGAAAUUUUGACCAAAUUGAAUAAGGAACAAAUCGUAGCACAUAAUAGAAGUAUUCCUAUUACAAACACUGGAAAACUUAAUGCGAGGAACGAAAUUAACUCGCGUGAACGAUACAAUGAUCGCGGUUAUUCGAGACCGCGAAAUGGUAAUUUGGAAAGUAGGAAUAAUCCUUGGAAAAAUACGGAAAAUAAUUCGACAAAUCAUACUAACCGUUACAAUGAUAAAUAUCAAAAUGACUUCCCACCGCUUGGUGGGUCUUGA